CAAGUAAUGAACGUACUCGAGAGCAAACACCUGGCCACGUCCAUACACCCAUCAGCUACAAAUGUCUUCGAAUGAAGGUGCUAAAUGGCUUCCUCGAAAGGACGUAAUCAUCAUCGGUUCCGGCUGGGCAGGCUCAACCCUAGCAACUUCCCUUGACGAAACCAAACACUCCAUCACAGUCAUCUCGCCUGAGACAACUACUCCAUAUACACCCCUUCUUGCAAGCGCUGCAUGUGGGUUAUAUGAGUUCAAUCUUGUGGAAACCCCUAUUAGACAUACAAAUAAGAAGAUUAAAUUCGUCAAAGCCGAAGUGGAGGGCAUCGAUUGUAAGGCCAAGACCGUGAGGUGCAUUCCGGCGUUUGAUGACCUAAGUGUGAAGGACUUCGUCUUACAGUAUGAUAUUGUGGUUAUUGCUCCGGGGAGCACGAACAAUACUUUCAAUACUCCCGGCGUAUCCGAACACGCAGUUUUCCUCCGCAACGCCAAAGAUGCGAUGAAGAUCGCCUCCCGCAUCCAAGACUGUUUCGAAAAAGCCUCCAUCUCCGGCCUUACCGAUGCCCAAAAGCAUUCCCUCCUCCACUUUGUAAUCGUCGGUGCAGGUCCCACCGGAGUAGAAGUAUCCUCAGAGCUCUCUGACCUCUUCUCCAGCUCGUAUGCCUCACUCUACCCUCACUUGAAGCCCUACGUCAGCAUCGCCGUCCACGACGUAGCAAAUCAAGUUCUCUCGGGCUUCGACACAAAACCUCAGGAUUACGCUAUAGGAAGCUUCACAAAACGGAACGUCGAAGUACUGACAGGAAGUCAUAUCGAACGAGUUGAAAAGAAUUGUCUAUACACUAAAGAAAAUGGGAAAAUCAGUGCGGGGUUGGUAAUUUGGGCAACGGGGAAUAAAUCCACUGCCCUCGUGGAUUCUCUACCUGUGAAGAAAACACCUCGGAAUCCACGCAUCCUCACCGAUUCCUUUUUACGCGUCUACACUCCUUCUUCGGAACUUGUGGAUGGGGCGUACGCUAUCGGAGAUGCAGCAGACGUCGAAGAUGCCCGCUUGCCUACCACCGCAGAAGUAGAAUGUCAAAAGGCAAAGUAUCUUGCCAAGGCGCUGAAUGGGAAAAUAGACAGGGAGUUUCGGUAUCAGCAGGCGGCCAUUGUGGCUUAUUUGGGGCAGAAUGAUGGCGUUGUGAGCGGGAAGAAGGACUACUCGGGCCCGCAGGCUUGGAUUGCGUGGAGGAGUAAGAAUUUCCUUUGGACACGGACGUGGAGACAGAAAGUGUUGAUUGUUAUUGGGUGGGCUUUGGAUUUGGUCACGGGACGGUCGAUUGCUCCGAGAUAAGAGGGAAAUGGCUGCUGUUCUCUGCUCAGUACUCACUUUGGCUCGACUCAGCUCAACUUCUUGGCGUAACCUGGGUAACAGGUUUGAUGAUGAAUUCUGUCUCUAGACCGAAGGUAAAUGCAGCGUCCUCACAUUCGUAAACACAUCCCUCGAAUAAGCGCCCCCCUCCUUUCCCACCCCCGAAUUCUUCAUCCCUCCAAACGGUGUCCCAAGCUCCCUAACCAACCAACAAUUAACCCACACCAGCCCCGCUUCAAUUCUUUCUCCCACCCUUCUCAUCCUCGCCCCAUCUCUCGUCAACAGUACACUCGCAAGCCCAUUCGGGUUAUCAUUGGCUAACUCAAUUGCCUCCUCUUCACCUUCAAACUGUGCAAUUGCCACUACGGGACCGAAAAUCUCU